GGCAGAAGAGAACAGGAAGUUGUUGAAAUUAGAAAAGACAUGGAUUAAUGAAGCUUGUUGCGGGCCGCUCUAACCCCUUCGGGGAAUGCGGGAGCUCCGUAUUUACUUCGUUGCAGUGGAAUUAUUUCAUGUACUCAAUCUAUAUCAACCAACAAAGGUAUUGAAGGAGGGUUUUUUUUCUGAUUUCUGCGGGAGAGCCGCCUUUCUCUUCUCACUCCGUCGUCAUGGCCUCUCCCCGCAAGAGCGACCGAGCUGCACUCGCGCGUCACCACCAUCCGCAGUCGCCCUUUGCUCGCGCGCGAGAGCCCAGUUACGAAUUCGACCUCGAUGACUCGCAUUUUCCUACACCCUCAAAACAGAACGGGACGCGUCAAAGACCCAGCUUCCGCACGGGAACGCUCUCCGGCGCGUAUCGAGCUACUUCGCGUACGAGUAUGUCCGACGACGGCGCCGGACUCGGGUUGACCACCAGCCCCCGACAAACCCAAGACUUCAUUAGUGCGCGUUCGCCCUCGUCGGAUAUGUCAAACCCACCGGAAGAACGCGCCGAUAUAUACAGGAGGAUCGAGCAUGAUGGAACGCUAGCAGACUUCGUGCCGCUGGACGAUUGGGAUGCUCCACUCGAUACGCGCCCAGCAAGUCGGUUGAGUCGCUCGUCGCCUCGAGUGAGAGAUCGAGAGUUCGAAGGGCGCGCAUUCUCGGAGGCGAGCUUUGCCAAUGAAACCUCGCCACGCAGGAGGGCUACCGAUUAUGCCAGAGACGAACAGCGACUUCGACGUGUGACCGGCAAGGAUUCGCCAAUUUUCAGCAAAGCCAAGGUCGGGAGUCGAGCUGCCCUCACGGCGGACAACUUGCAGAGGAGGGAGGAAGAAGAGCAGGUCCAUGUAUCGGAAGAGGAUGAUGGGGAGGUUGGCCCAUCGUUGAACUUGCCGCGGACCUGGGGGAGUCGAGGUGGACGCGGCUCUGAAUGGCUCAGGAACGUCAGUGAGAGCACUUCAUCGGAGCGACAAGAGAGGAGAGAAGAACAACUGCCACCGGAUAAUUCUUCGAAUACACGACUCAGAGCAGAAGAAAAUCUCUCCCGGGAAUAUUCUGGCCGCUCGUCCUCAGGGGCUUUUGAACGAGGCAAUCUUCCGGCCCGGAGCGCUCUGGGGGAACGUACCGCCAAUCUUCAUACUCAGGAAGCACCACAGGAUAAGAAGGCCGAGGUGCAUAGUCAUGACCGGAAUGCACCACAGAGUGAAGGAAUCCACGUACCAAACACGCCCAUCGUCGUCUUUAAAAAUUCCGGCUUGAACAGGCCAAGUGCUUUGAAACGAGACUCGCAAUAUUUGCUCCGCAAGCUUGCACGAACCGAAAGCCCGAAGCUUGAACAAAUGCAAACACCUGAUCAACCGAAGCUUUUUGAAACGAGAAUUUACGACAAGACACCCAGAGUGACCGGGGCCUGGAUUGACACGCCAAUGACUGAACGGGUGAAGGAGAUUCCUCAAGAUUUGACCAAAGAUAUUGUCCUACCAUCGGUCCCUGCAAAGGAACCCGAAGCUCCUGUGCAGGUAUCCGAAGCUCCUCGACAGGAGCAGAAGCCCUCAGUGGUUGUCCAACCACCCGUUACAGAAGUAAAGCCUGAGCCAAGGGCUUCGGAAGAGCCCGUUACUGAAACCCAACCCGCCAAACGGAACAGAGCGUCCGUGAUCCGACCCAAGCUACCCAAGAGUGGCCUUCAAACGGUUAUCGAGGACGUGAGCUCCGGUAAAGAGACUCUAGACCUGGGAGAUGACACGAUUGAAUCACUCCAAGCAAUCAUGGACGACCAAACUGAGCUCAAGACCGAGCAAGAGGAAGAAGCUGCCUACGAACAAGAGGUGCUCAAGAGACUUGAGCUGGCGAAUGCAAAUGGGCAAGAUUCAGUUGAUAUUGAUCGUCUGAACGAUAAACUUCAUUCACUCGUGAGGAACAUCAAUGAAGUAAAGAAGGGUCUGAAUAGUCUGGAAGAGCACGUUAUCCGAGAUGCCGCUAUUGUGUCAAACCCAUCCUCUCCCAAGAAAGCUGGCGCGCAAACACUACGGUCGCACUCCAGUGAGAAUUGCGAGCAAUGCGUUCAUGAUGAUGGCCGUGUAUACGCUGCUAUCCCUCUCCCUCGCCUCUGGAGAUGGGAUCCCAUAACCCAGCGUCGUCAACUCACCAAGUUGGGUUGGUUUACGUUUGUCUCGCUCUCCUGGUAUAUCAUCGAAUGUCUGAUGUGGGAUCUAUAUGCCCAUCCAUCAAUCUCCGAGACCUGCAAUGGCUAUUGUCUACAAGCGGAUGCGCCUGAGUUCCCCUUUGUGACUGUGACUAUGCUCUGGCGCUGGUCUCAUCUGGGAUCGCUUUUAGCACCUAUCAUCACCAUCUGCGUGGCUUUCUUCCGUCUCACGGCGCAGCUGCUGGGUAUCUCGGAUGGAUAUGUUGAUGAACCGCCUCAGCUCAGCAACAUUGUCGGCGAGAUCCGCGUGAAUGGUACACCUGUCUCAUUCCCCUGGUUGACGUCUCCGGGUCAGACUGUUGUACCGUCACAAUCAUCUGCGACGCAACAGCCUGUGUGGACUCCUCGCAAUGAGGUUCCACAAAAUGAAGCGCCCAUCCUGUGGGCUGACGAUCGAGUAUCUAUGGAUGAGGAUGAAUAUCUUUGAUUU